AGAACUCUAUUCAUCCUAUUAUAAUGACUUUACUAUAUGUGGAAUGGGAUUUUGCUAGUUUGGUAAAGACACAGGAUGCACAAAUUCAUACUUUUGUGGUUUGAGUUUACAUAGAGGGAAAAGAACCACUGAAAAUGAACAAUAGCACACUUUCUCUUUUUGAACGCAAAACUAUCUCACUGAGGUUUUUUUCCGUCAGCCAGACGCCAUAUGCACGCCUCCACUAGUCGACCCACUUUUGACUGGACAGACUACUCUGCUACUGCUAUCACUAGCCUGUUUAUUUGAAAAUCUAAAAUUGAACUUCUAACAAAGUCGUUUACACGUGAUUUAAAGAAUGAUCGUGCAACACACUCGGGUGAACAUGUAGAAAUGGAUUUUAUGAAGCUGUUUGGCACCAUUAUCGCCGUUUUGUUCCACCCUGGAUCCGCAUCUAAAAUAAAUGGCCAAAGGAUCUGUCGGCGCGGGACAGAGCGCCCAUGCUACAAGGUGUCCUACAUCCAGGACAGCAGGCGGAGGCUGACCUUUGAGGAUGCCAGGCAGGCCUGCAGGUCUGAUGGAGGCGACUUGCUUAGCAUUGAAACAGAAAGCGAGCAGCAACUGAUGGAGAGGUUCAUACAGCAGCUGCAGGCUGGAGAUGGAGACUUCUGGAUCGGGCUCCGCCGCAGCCCACAGCGCUACAGGGAAGGGACCGCAAACCCAGGGUGCCCCUCACAAUACUAUUGGCUGGAUGGAAGCAAGGCUAAGUUCAGGAACUGGCAUUGGGACGAGCCAUCGUGUGGUGUUGAAAUGUGUGUGGUUCUGUACCACCAGCCCUUUGCACCACCCGACGAAGAAGGUCAUUUCCUGUUCCAGUGGAACGAUGACAACUGCUACUCCAAAAACAACUUUGUCUGCAAAUACCCAGAAGAAAAAGUACCAGUAUUUACUGAGGCAGGAAACACAGCAAAUGCAGUUCCAUCUAUGAGGCCAAACGUAUUCUCAACUACAGAAAGUGAUGAGAGGAUAAAAAUAGGACUAUCUGAGUCAUCAGUAUCUAUCUCAGAGAACAGCCUUUAUGUUUCCUACAUCCUUUAUGCAACUAUUCCUGCUCUGCUGCUGCUGCUGUUUGCAGCUGCUGGGUUCUUCUGCUGCAAACAGCAUGCCAAGAGGAGGAAGACAAACACCGCAAGUUACCCCAGCAGAUCAAAACCGGGGAUGACAUCAACAGCUUCACCUUAUGCCGUACAAGGACCUUACGCCUUUAGUGACAUUAUCAAACUGCCUCACACUGCUCUGGACAGCAGCAUGCCGGCAGACGUCAUGACAAAGUACCCGUGUGCCCCUCCCCAGGAGUCCCAGUGUGACGAUUAUGAGAAUGCGUCAUGCGCGGAAAGGGAGAGCGGAUUUGUGACCAAUGACAUCUAUGAGACCUGCAGAGCUCAGAGCCGACAUACUGGUUGGGUUGAUAAUGAGAUAUAUGGAUAGCAAUGUUGAUGCCUGGUCUGAUCUGAGUGUCCAUGAACCUCAUACAAGCUAUCGAAUAUGAACCAGCUAGACAGAGGAACACAAUGUUCUCCACCCCUUUCUUCCUGCACACCUUACUAGUUACUUGUGUAGUGCAAGAUAACUAAAUACAUGCUUGUGUUGGCCUGGACUCAGACCUAUGUUCCAGUAACUUAUCUCCUGUGUGUAUCUCCAGCAUUGCAUCCUGCAGCAUCCAAAGCUACAAGCCAGAUAAAUGUGUAAAGCAGGGUUUUCCAAAAUAAUUUUAAAUUGUGAUCCCAUAUUUAGGUCCAAAUCUUCCCAAAACCCCAUCAAAAUAGUUCUCCAAUUGUUGAUAAAAUUGUAAAUCUGAGCAUGUCAUACCUUUAGAUUCAAGAGUAAUAGAUGGGUUUUAUAAAAAUGCUAAUAUAUUUAAAUUCUUAUCAAGCGAUAAUAUUAAACAAGGCUAAGUGUCUGGAGCCAUGCUAGCAGCUCUGUGAGACUGUACUUAGGCACAAUGGGGCUUUGAGCUGAAUGCUAACGUCAUCAUGCUAACAUGCUAACAAAGGCCAUUGAUAACAUGUUGAUGUUUGACAAGUGUAAUGUUACCAUGUUCAUCAUCAUAGUUCUGUUUGUUAGCAUGCUGCAUUUUCUUAUUAGAACUAAACACAACAUGCAGCUGCGGCUGAGGGGAAUGUCAUUAGUUUUGCAGAUAGUUGGUUAUGAACCAAACUAUUAAAUAGCUGAAAUGUCAGGGGAUCCAAUUUAAUAGUUGUUGAGACACUUCACUCAAAAAACCACAAAUGUCAACCUUAUGGUUGCUCUAUUACGUUGAGAUACAUCAUCUGAGAAAUGAUGUAACUUCACAGCAGCACGAAGGCUUUGGCAAUAAUGAACUCACAUAAGCAUUAGUGAGUCAGGUCAGGUCUGCGAUGCAGCAGUCCUACUAUAUUUGGCAUGAUGGAUUUCAUAUUUAACCCUAGAAAUAAGUGCAAGUUUUGAGGACUCACGCAAGGUUAGUCAUCCUUACAAAAUCCAAAAUUAAACAGCUCAGCCGUUUUCCAGUCACGUCACUAGACAUUACGAGAAACAAGGACAAACAGAUCCUGUUGUCUCACUCUUUGGCUGUGGAGUUGUUCUAUUCAGAGGCUAUUCUGACCCUUUCUCUAAAGCUGAAGAGUGGUGUCAGCCCAGUGUAAGGCUUCCUGUUUGGACUCUGAUGUCAGGGAACAGGACAGUACAUGCAGAAACACUGAUGACCGAACUCUGCUGACCCCAGUCAACCUCAAAGCUGUGGGCUUUUCCCGACUCCACCUGACUGUGUGGGAAACUCAACCCUCCGACUGAUCUGACAUUACAGAGUCUUUUUAGGAGUGACCAUUUUUGAGUAUGUUAUGGAUUCAUUCAUCUUUGUUUGCUUGUAAAUGCAUAUGCCUGUCUUGUCAUUUUUUUUUAAAUAAUCAUGGAUAUACAUUACUGAACACAAACUCCUGUGUUCUUUCUGAGUGGGCUGCUGGGUCUGUGUCCUGGAAAGAUGUAGCAAGCCCAGUAAGGAGAGGCUGAGUGUGUUCUUGGGGAAUGUUUGACAGGAAAUGCCAAAAGCACAUCUGGAACUCUUAGAUUCAGGAAGUCUAUGCGUGACAGCGGAGGCCUUUGGAGCGCUGCUCUGCCUGCCCGCUUAGUAAUCCACUGCUCUGCGUGAGAGUGUCACUGCAUGAGCUGAAGAGAACAACGCGGGGUGUAAAUGUGCUGAAUCUCAAACAUGACGUGAUCUUUAGGUGUCAAAUAAAAGUUUGGUUACAAGUUGUGGUUGCAUUACUUAUGUAAUAAUACUAUAAGUAUAUUCAAAUGUUUCUGUAGGUGUAUGUGAGAGUCUCUGUGACGUUAGAUGUGUGUGAAUAAAAAAUGCCUGUUAUUAAACUAGAAAUACUACUGUAUUGAGAACAGUAUUUGAAGCCUCGCUUCAAUUUUCUAUUUUUGCCAACAGAUGGCGCUGUUAUACAUGUGGCUGACCAAAGUGUCUGUGGCUGAUCAAAUGUCUAGUUUCACAUAAGGUCCUGCCAUGUUACAUUAUACAAUGUUAUAGAUUAUAUUAUAUUAUAUGGGAUUAGUAAUGGAAAUUGCACAUUUUUCUGAAUUAUACGACUAACUAGUAAAGAAGCUGUGAAAUGUA